AGAUCCUUUCGAUCGAAUCAUAUCAUUCCAUUAUAUUGACAAUUUCAAAAAACUGUUCAUACUAUAGAACAUAGUAGAAUGGCGGUCGGGCAAGUAUGCCCCCAUCGUCUAGUGGUUUAGGACAUCUCUCUUUCAAGGAGGCAACAGGGAUUCGACUUCCACUGGGGAUAG